GGAGAGCGCCAGGGCGCACGCGCGAGAGAGGCGGUGGCUCCUCGGCCCGCGGCGGGAUCCUAAAGCUGAGAGGUCGCGGAGCUAUUCCCUCGCCCGGUCACCAUGGCUGACCAACUGACCGAGGAGCAGAUUGCAGAGUUCAAGGAAGCUUUCUCUCUCUUCGACAAAGAUGGCGAUGGCACCAUCACCACCAAGGAGCUGGGCACCGUGAUGCGCUCGCUGGGUCAGAACCCCACCGAGGCAGAGUUGCAAGACAUGAUCAACGAAGUGGAUGCAGAUGGGAAUGGCACAAUCGAUUUCCCAGAAUUCCUCACCAUGAUGGCCCGGAAAAUGAAAGACACAGACAGUGAGGAAGAGAUCCGUGAAGCCUUCCGAGUUUUUGACAAGGAUGGCAAUGGGUACAUUAGCUCUGCCGAGCUGCGCCACGUGAUGACCAACCUCGGCGAGAAGCUGACGGACGAGGAGGUGGACGAAAUGAUCCGAGAAGCAGAUAUCGACGGAGACGGACAAGUCAAUUACGAAGAGUUUGUACAGAUGAUGACCGCCAAAUAAGACAAGCCGCUGCCUCUCUCCCCCCCGUCCACCCCCCACCCGUUCAGGAUGGAAGGAUGGCCUGCUCCCCCCC